AUGUCGCGGUCGUCAGGAGGCCACAAGAUAAAUGACAAUCCGGAAUCCGACGAACAAGAACAGCAGCAUUAUGAUGAGAAAUCUACAAUCGAAAAGUGCAAGAAACCUAGUAAUGACGAGCUUUUGUAUGACCCUGAUUUGGACGAGAAAGAUGAAAUUUGGAUGCAGAGAAAAUUUUCAAGUAAUUAA